GGGGCGGGGGCGGGGAACGGGACGGAACGGGACGGAACGGAACGGGACAGAACGGGACGGGGCGGUUCCGUGCUCUGCCCACCGCUCUCCCGGUACCGGGGCGGCCACGCUGCCGUACGGUGAGGACGGCGUCGUGAAGAGGCCCGGCACGUGACCCGCCCCGGGCCCCAUGUGGCGGGAAGGGGGAGCGGCGGUGGCGCUGCUGUGCCUGGGGGCUGCCUGGCUCCUGGGACGCGGGUUCGAGUCCCGCGGCCGCCUGCUCAGCUCGGCAGAACUGGCCCGGUACCGCGGGGCGACGGGGGAACCCGGCCUCUACCUGGCUGUGCUGGGCCGUGUCUUCGACGUGGAACGCGGCCGCAAGCACUACGGCCCCGGCGGCGCCUAUAGCGGCCUCGCCGGGAGAGAUGCCAGCAGAGCAUUUGCCACCGGUGACUUCACCCCGUCGGGGCUGGUGGACGACGUGUCGGUGCUGUCAGCGGGUGAGCUGCUGGCCAUCCAGAGCUGGCUGUCCUUCUACCGUGACAACUACGAGCCCGUGGGGAAGCUGGUAGGCAGAUUCUAUGAUGAAAAUGGGGCACCAACAGCAGCCUUAAGGCAGGCUGAGGCUGCAAUUGAGGAAGCUCUGAAGCUGCGAGCAGAAAAUGAGCAGAUGAAGCAGCAUUUUCCACCCUGCAACUCUGAAUGGAGCUCUGCUGCAGGCACCCGGUUCUGGUGCUCCAGACAGAGUGGGGGAAUAAACCGAGACUGGAGCGGAGUCCCCAGGAAGCUGUUCCAGCCUGGUUCCAAAGGGAGCCACUGUGUGUGUGUGAGGACUCUGGGACCCCCCUGGGACCAGGCAGCUUCUGCUGAGCACAGCAACAGAGGGGAUCUGGACAACCCUCACCUGCAGGAGUACGAUGGCUGCCACCCCAUGGCCGAGCAGUGCAUCCUAACCCUGUGAUUCCCAAGGGCUGGAUGGAAUCCUGCAGGGAAACGUUGGACGUCGGGCAGUUCCAUUCCCUUCUGCUUGUGAGGAAGAAGCAGAAACAAUAACAAUUCCCUGGUAGUUGUGACUCUUUAGAGGGGAGAUGGAGAGGGGGAAACACUUUAGCCAAAUUAGUGGCUAAAAAAAAAAUCAGUAAGGUGAUACUUUUUCAGUGUUUUACUCCUCUGGUAUUUUUACAGCUGGCAACAAAGAUGCACAGAGUGAAUUAAUGAAAAAAGUGAUGUCUUGCGCAGUCAGGAAAGAGAUUCUGGUGUGCACAGGGGUGGGUGCAGCAGGGAUAAGUAUAAGAAUUGUGGCAGCAGCACUGGGCUCAGUUUAGACACAGUCCUGCAGCAACAUCAGCUCUGCCUGCUGCAUCCCCAUGCUUGUAUUCCUUCCCACUCACCUCAGUUACUCCAGAGAGUUUCAGGGUAGCAGGGAAAAGCCUGAAUUUGGAGCACAGAAGUCCUGGGACUCAUGCAAUGUAGUUAUACACAAGCUUUAUCAAACGACUGGAGUACAGAGGGUGAAGGUCACAGCUAUAUUUCUUCAUUUAAUGUUUGCAUUAGAUACUGUGCAAAGAAGCUACUGGAAGCCACCUAUGAGGAUCACUGUUUCACAUUAACCUCACCCUCCUGCUCCUCUGAUUCAUUGCUUUCAAGCUCCUCAGCUCAGGAUUUGGUAGUUUUACAUAGAUGAUAACAAAAGCUACGUGGCAACAUCACCAUCCUGCUGUAAUCUGCCUGUUCCCAUGCUGGUACCUGACCUUCCCCCACCUGUAACCCCAGGUGGAUGUCUCCUCCCAACAAGCCUGUCACCAUUUUAGCACACCUGGCAAACCCCAGCAACCUGAGUGACUCCUAAAGAGCAGGACAAGUCCUGACCAUUUCUGUGCAGGGCUGGAAAGCAGAAGGGAUGACCUGCCCAGGGUUGAGGUGCUGUAAAUUCAGACUGCAGGGUGGCAGGGGUUGGUUCCAUCUCUGCUGGUGGAAUCUGUCUUGGGGUAGAGCUGCAGCCUUGAGCACACCUGGACUACACACUCAUCCCUGCUAAGAUAUGUUCUUUUCCUUAAGGCAGCUGCCACCUCUUUAUAAACAGCUGGGAGGCAUUUAUAAACUCAGUUUUGGGCUAGCAGCUCUGAAGAGAGAGUCACAGAUCUGAGUAAUUAGUUAAUAAGCAGGGAGAUGAGAGGAGGCCUGGAAGCACCACUGCAAAGCAAGAGGAAUCCCUCCACUGCAGUCAGAGCAGGGUGUGUAUCACAGAUGAUGUUUAGAGGAAGCUUCAAGCUGGAUGGAAGCCAUACAGCAAUUAGACAUGUUCAUGCUUAUUGUAAUAAACAUGUUUCAGUUUUUUCUUUUUUUUACCUAGUUGUGUUUCUUUUCCAUCAUAAUCUUCAAGAGAGAUCCUCCAGGCUGCUUUGAAGCAGCAGUCCCAGCUCUGCUCAGCCCUCAGGGGUUGAACACAAAGUGUUCAAGUCUCCAAACCACCUUUUUACAACUAAAACUCAGCCCCAGGCUUGUGCCAUCUUUGGGGUCCUCACUUCACAUCCCUAAAAACAAAGCUGUGCAAAACCUGCAGAGCAGUGCUUCAUUGCCUCAGCCAUUCAGGAACACUCAAGGUGUCAGCACAUCAUUUGCUUUUGGACACAUCUUGAACAAGAACUUGGAUUUCAAGGUCAAACCAUUACCCAGAAUGAUUGUCAAGUAUCUUUAAAAUAGCUUUAAAAGUUACAGCAAAGUCCAGGUUAUUAAAUACUGUAACAAGGAGCUUGUAAAGGCAAGUCAGCAUCACAAGUUGGAGCUCUAGUAAAGGUGCAUCAGCUUUGUAACUCCAAGCAAGUUUCAUCCUGCUGGAUGCUUGAGCUCAAUGCAAAUAGUGCUGACACACUAUCAGGAUUAUUUCCAUCUUAAAAGCUACACUAAAAUCAAAUAAACUGCUGCAGGGAGAGAAGACAGGAGGGUGUUGUUUAAGGUUGGUUGAAAAUCAAUUCACAGCUUACUCCUCAGUUUAGUGUUUGGAAACAAUUUGGAAAAAAAAAA